AUGUCCCUACCAGAUGACUCCUCGUCCGCGUGGUCAUAUCCUGGCGGGAUGCCCCCUAGUGAUGAGGGGUCCCUGGCGGAGGAGAUUGUGGUACCUGAAUCCCUUCUGGCAGCAGCCUCUCUCAGGCAAGUUUGGAAUCCGGCGUCCCCGCGACACUGGACGCAGCAGCCGAUUGCCCCCAUCCCGGAGGAGGAGAUCUCAGUACUCAAACGAAGACCGCCGAGCUCCAGCUGGCCAGCCACUGCAGUGCAUCCGGGAGAUGUUCGACGACGACAAGCCAGUGAUUCGUCGCGAGCGCUGGAGGAAGGCAGAGGGAUGAUCUACCCGGUCCUGGAGGACCAGGUGAUGGAGGAACCCCGGCCUGGGCCAAACAGUGUCCAGGGGCUACAGGACACGGAAUCCGAAACACAAGGCUCUAGUAGCAUAUUGGGGGACCAGCCUCCUCCGGCCUUCGAGAGACGAAGGCUCAGUUAUCUCAGCCAAGUAUCGCCAUCCCCGGUUCACCAAUCGGUCCGCCGGGUGGUAGAACGAGCUCGGGAUAGCAGCAUUGGAACCCUCUAUAACCGGGCCAAUCUGGUCAAGAUCAAACAUGAACGCCGGUAUUGGGUCCAGCUGGUGAUUGAAUAUGGAACGUACACCCUUUAUGCCGCAUUCGUGUAUUUUGUGCUGGUGGGGAUGCCCCUGUGGAAAGGAGCCGUCUACUGGCUUUACUGGUUGAUGCGCCACAAGUUCGUCUUCCAGGGGGGCUGGGCCAUUGUCAUCAGCCUGGUGAUCUUCUACUCGUUCUCGCCUCUCCUGACCACGUUUGAAAGCGAUGCCCCUGACGCCGAGUUCUAUCAGAGUCGCCGCAUCAGCCCAACAGCUCCUGACACGGCGCUACUCAUUCCAUGUUUCAAAGCUGCCGGGGUGAUUGGGGAAACCCUCGCAGCCGCGGUGAAGAUCUUUCCACCUUCUCACAUCUACGUGAUUGCGAACGGCGACUCUCCGACUCCGCUCGACAACACCGAGGAGAUCUGCCGUCCGUAUGGAGUCAACCACAUCUGGAGCCCGGUCGGAUCCAAGAUCAUUGCGUUAUUCGUUGGGUCCUACGUUACCAAGCACUUCCGCUACGUCCUCCUUAUCGAUGAUGACUGCAUUCUGCCACCGCACUUCCCUGUGGUCAUUUCCCGGCUGACCGACUCGGUCCGCUGUAUUGGCUACACGAUCAAGGCUGUCGCUGCGGAUUCGUCCCUGGGAACGUACUGCCAACAGGCCCAGGAUCUGGAGUAUAAACUCGCCGGGUUGCAGCGCACCUUCGCGGGACGCAUCGGCAGCGCAACUUUUCCCCACGGAGCCAUCUCGCUCUGGGAACGUUCCUUCCUGCGGGAAACCCUGCAGGAUCAUCCUGGGUUCUCCAUCAGUGAGGAUUGGUUCCUGGGGAAUAGUUGUCGCCGACUGGGAGGGCGAAUCCAGAUGUGCAGUUCGGUGUUUGUGGAAACCCACGCACCCCCCUCGUUUUUGUUUGCUAGUGGGCGAAGUCGGGGUGGGUUUGGAGAGACGACCGUUUUCAAGCAGCGGUUUAUGCGGUGGAAUUUCUUUGUCGUCAAUGGCAUGCGAUACAACCUGGCCUAUAUCCUGCGGUCGUGGAACCUGGGCAAGUGGGAGAUUGGGGCAAAGAUCUUUGUCCUGCAGGAACUGUACGAGACUGUUCUGACCAUCUUUGCCCCCUUCGUCCUACCGAUUUCCUUGAUUGUGCGCCCGAACUUUUGCGCGGUCCUCCUGGUGGCCACGUUGGCACUCUACCUGGCCAACGCCAUCAUCUUCAACGAGAUCCACCUGCGCCUGAAACAGGAGCGAGUCAGCUGGAAAAUUGUCUUAUUCUACUAUAUGCCCUACAAGAUCAUCAUCGCCUUUAUCAACGUCGGCAGCAAUUACUGGUCCCUGUAUAAAUACGCCAAGUACUUUGCUCAACGACGCCCCAAGCUGACGGAGGACCACAAAGCCGUGGGACUGGUGCUGAAACUGGAGGAGAGCGCCCAGAGCCAGGCGGCGGGCUCCACGGGGCUGGGACGGAGUCUGACGGUGCGGUCGGUAGGCGUCCGACGGACCAGCAGUGUGCCUGGGACGGAGCGAUCUCGUACCCGAUGGUCCGAUCAAAGUUAUGCCGAGGAGGCCCCCGCAUACAAUGUCGUCGAACCCUAUGUAUAGACUUCCGGCCGUAACCUAAUGGUAGAUAGAUUGGUUUCCGUUCCGUUCACCGCACAUGAAAAGGUUCCUUUAAGUUUGGUGGAACCCGCCAAGCGAACCAUCCAAACCCUAUCCU